UCUGCGCUCCAUGCAACAAUGCCGGGUGAGGAGAGAAGGUGCCAACCUUCUGCCCAAACAGCAUCAAUGCUUCGAGCAGGACAGUAAUGAGUUUCUGGUUUCCACAGGUCCUGCGGACUCCGGCCCUUGGAUUACUCUGGCUAUGGCUCAGUGCGUGUUGUUGGGGGCAGAGAUGCCCAGCCAGGAGCCUGGCCAUGGAUUGUCAGCGUGCAGACGGUUCGGGCGACGCACAUCUCACAUGUGUGUGGAGGGUCCCUCAUCCACCCGAAGUGGGUGCUGACAGCAGCCCACUGCUUCGUCAACACCCAGUAAGGAGGAGCAGGGAACAGGGGGAUCCCCAAAACCCCGGCACAGGCCCAGCGUGCAGCAUCACGGGCGACUCCCAGCCCGGUUCCUUGCAGUGCACCCAGAAAAAGGCUGGGGUUGUGCCACUGCAUCCCAGAUGCCUCCAUCUCCACAGUCCUCGUGGCUCAGGCAUGUUGGGGCAUAGAUGCCCCACAAGCUUUCCUCUUUCCCUUGGGAAGCAGGAGGCAAGGAGCUGCUGGGCUGCUCCAGCGUGUGCCUCUGCUCCCUCUCACCCCUCUCUCCAUCUGCCUUCCAGGAAUGUCCCAGCGUGGCGCGUGGUGGCCGGUACCACCUCCUUAACUGAUAUGGGCCCAGAGACACAACUGCGCUAUGUCAGACAGAUCAUCAUUCACGAAGACUACGAUAACACCACUCAGGCGAAUGACAUCGCCUUGAUGGAACUCUACGAGCCUUUCCGGUGCGGCCCCUACGUGCAGCUCGCCUGCGUGCCCGACUUCUCACUGCAACUCUGGCAGCUGAGAAACUGCUAUGUUAGCGGCUGGGGGGUCACCAUGGCCAGAUCUGGAGGACUACCCCCGGCGCUGCAGGAGGCCAAGGUCCCCCUCAUCGACCUUCAAGUGUGUAACAGCAGCGGGUGGUACCGUGGGGACAUCCACCACCACAACCUGUGUGCGGGAUAUCCGCAGGGCGGCAUCGACACCUGCCAGGGGGACAGCGGGGGUCCGCUGGUCUGCCAAGAUCUCUAUGCUGACCACUUCUGGCUUGUGGGGGUGACCAGCUUUGGGGCAGGCUGUGCCAGAGCCCGUCGGCCUGGGGUCUACACCUCCACAAGGCACUUCCAUGACUGGAUCCUGAUUCAGAUGAUGCAGCGCUCAGUUAGAGCAGCCACUGCCACACAACUCACCUGGAGCCACGUUCCCACCACCUCGAACCCUGUUGAGACACCCCAAACAAUGGAGCCAAGCCAUUUCAGCUCCUGGAUCUAUCCAUUCAACAAGCUGGUGGACUUCCUCGCUGUGGUGCAGGAGCUCCUGCAGGUCCUGAAAAGCGGAAACACCUGAGAACAGGGGGAAGAGGAUGCAGGGCAGGCUGCAUGGGGUCACCACCGUGUCCCUCUGGGGCAAUGCCUGCUGCUCCAAAGGCAGCCUCAGGGGCACAGACCUGCUUGAUCCUGCCCUCACGCCUCACGUUGCCCAUCCAUGCCUACAGCAGAUGGUUCUCUUUGCUUAGCAUUCUGUUCCUAGUCUAUUCUCUGUCUGGAAAUAAAUAGUUUUCGCAGCAAACUCUGCUUCAGCUUCAUUCUGUCUCCUGGGCAAGGCAAGCACUCCAGGCCUGGUCCCUGCACAAGGAAAGGAGGACGCAAAGGCAAAGAUUCACUCCAAAGGGUGAACCCGGGCCUGGUGGGAGAGGAGGGAGAGAGUGCAGCAG